GCAGUGGCCGCAUCAGGUGUAAAAUUUACAUUUUGCGAUUUUAAUCGGGUAGUCUCCCAGACAACAUCCCACCUUUACACACCCUCAUUUACUAUUAAACUUCGUUUCAUCGUUUUUGGUCUCGCCGAAUCUCAACACUGGUACUUUGAGUUUGGUAUUUUUUUAGAGGGGAAAAAACCUCCCGAAGACGUUCAUUCAAUUUACCGUUCGCCAUCCACCAUUUACAACAUUCAUCAUGAACCCGAACAAGCAAGUUACCAACACUCCUUAUCCUAGCCCCAAGGGUGACUGGGAAGAUUGGGAAGAUUCAGACGAGGAGGUGCCGGUUAAGUUAGGGGACCAGGACAUGCUUAUUGACCUCUUCGAUGACUCGACAACACAAAGAUCAUCUCGACCUACUAACACCCAGAGCAUAUCACGAAAUUCGAUACGGUAUUCGAUUCAGAAGCCGGCUCGUGUAAAAUCUAGAGGAAGGCAAAAAGCCCAGAAUGCGAAAGCCGGUAUUAAAGUCGUGACAGAUAUGUCAAAGUUCCGCCGACCUGCGCCCACCGUAAAACCGAAAUUCGUCGACCCCGCCGCUCUUCACGCUCUGGAGGGAGAGCCUUCUUCUGCUUCCAUCGGUAGUUUUUCGUGGCUCAAGCAGAGACCUGGGAACAGUUUAGGCUCUGGGGUAGGUAAUAAGCUUGUGCGAGGACCAUCAUCAGAUCUUUCUCCGGAUUCUCGGCCUAUCGUUAUAGGAAUAGCGGUACCUUCCGACAAUCUAUCGGAACACCAGGUUAGCCCCCAGACUGCUGGUAUCGAGACGCCAAUAGAUGCGCGCAAAUUCGCCCCAAAUCCGAGUACCGUUACGGGUUAUCCUCCGGGUCCCGCACCACAUCAACUGCGCUCUGUAUGGUCCCCAGAUACGGAAGCGAGCGAAUCCCCGUACCAACCUUCUAGAAGUGCGUUGAGCGUCUACUCUCAACCUAGUAUGUAUGGUGGUCCCGUAGCGGAUACCGAUGUACCUCCCGUACCUGCACUGCCGGAAACCCUUAAGCCCAAACCGAAGCAAAUUGUCGGCGUUAGCUAUCUCGACCUUGAUGAUGAUGACGAUAUCGGAACACCUUGCACUCUUUUUGAGGAGGAUGGAAGUCCGACGGCAACCCGCAAGUCAGUCAAGCCUAAAGCGACGGUAGUAAGUCCCGAGAGCGCCAGUAGCCGAUCGCACGGUUGGUGGGACCACGUCACCACUCCUUUCAUACAACAAUCCUCCAAUCCCUUCAAGCAGCAACCGCAAGAAAUAAGUGCAGGCCCUUCCCCGCAGCAAUGGAACCCGUUCAAGAAGCAGACACAAGAUAUAGCACCUAGUGCUUCUCCGCCUGCAGCGAUUCCUCACGAGUGGUGGACCGGGUCUGAUGAGAAAGGUGGCCCUUCGCAGCCUAACCCAUCUGCUCAGCACGUUAAAGCGACAGCUACAAGCCCCGAAGCGUCCCCAGCAGUUCCUCAUGAAUGGUGGAAUGGUUCCCAGGAGAAGGGAGGUUCAUCAUCAUCUUCCAGAGGAUUGGGAUUGACAAAUAACUCGCCGACAUCCUCUCAACCGCAACAAUACACCCCUCAAGCAGUUGGUACCUCGUCUCGGUCAGUAUCACCAGGUCACAAAGAGACACAUUCCGAAAAGGCCAGGAUUCUUCUUGAGGAAAACCAGGCGCCGAGUGACCAGCCUCCGCCAUAUUCACCCCCGAAGCCAGUCAAUCAUGUCAAUCAAGUUAAGUAUGGCGUGAUAUUACCGCCCCCGGUGGUGGUUAACUCCCAGCGGGUACCGUCGCCUGGCCCAAUGACGCCGAACAUGCCCGGAACAAUGACUACCCAGAGUGCUAUCAAUUUGGCUGAGAUACCUCUGACACCGAAUGCACCUCGUGCCGCGGUCCUUCCUGAUCGCGCACCUGGAACAUUCCUACCCGGCGAUCAUUUUUACGAGAUUAGAGGGCAAGCUAAUCGUACCGAAAGACAGCGGCGCCGUCAUGAAAAGGAAGAAGUUAUCGCUAGAAAGGCUGGUGGAUUUUGGAGAGGCCGCGGCUGCAUACCCAAAAAAGGUUGUUUCGGACGUACUGGUCGUGAGGGUAGAAAGAGAAGACGUGUCUGGCUAUGCGUGAUUGCUAGUUUAAUUGUUGCAAUCAUCCUUGCUGUCGUCCUGGGUGUCGUUCUUACGCGGCAUCGGCCGGUGGAUCCAGUUCCUUCGAUCUGGCUCAAUCUGACAGAUUUCCCACCCAUGCCAACUGGGGUCAUGACAGUCUCUGGGCCAGACAAUUCCGAAGCCAGAUCUGGCUGCCUCGUAAAAACAGCGGAAACGGCGUGGUCGUGCUCUUUACCUAAAGAAUUGCAUGAUUCUGUUGCCCCCCACGACCCCGACCAACCCGAAUUCAUCUUCCAAAUCCAAUACGACAAUAACACUCAGCAACUAUGGAACAUGUCAGACUCAAAUAAGGGGUCUGACGGGAAGCAAGACUUCUUGGCUGAUGCAGGAUUUUCCCCUAACCCGCAACCACCUUCUGUUGCGGAGAUAGAAUUCCUUGGUAAUACCACCGACGAAAUUCAGGCGGACAACAAGGCGGGAGAGCCAACACCUUUUUUUAUAAGCACUCUAACGGCGGUCGACAAAACAGUCGGUCCAAAUAUGCUAAGUAGACGACAAGGCCCUAACAAUGCCAUUGGUAUCGGAAACGACGGCUUGAACCUUACUGAGCUUCUUCCUCCUCCAGCACUGAAUGGUGAUGGUACAGGUGCUGUGGCGACUCUAUUUCCGCAUUCCGUGCAGCAACCCGUCCGCUUGUUCGACCGCGGUUUACCGACCGAACACUACGGGUUCUACACCCAUUUUGACAAGACAAUUUAUAUGAAGGAUUCUGUAAACGUAAACUCGGUUGACCAGGAUGGUGGCGCCCCAGAGACUGAGGCUACCUCUCUAGUGACUUUCGCUCAGACUCGUUUCCUCGUACAAAUUUGGACGCGCAUGGAAAAUACAACGCGACUGCUUGGAAAUGGCGGUACUGCCAUACCCUGGACGAACGGAUCCGAGAGUUCGAACACACCGGGCACUAUGCCUUAUCCAGUCACCCUUACGAUUGAUAUGCACGGUGGAGAUAGGGAGAAGAAAAUCGAUUACCUUUACGGAGUCUUGGAUAACCAGGCCAUCAACACAACUGAUGCCAAGCUCGUCGUCUCAAACCGCGGAUUCGCUGGUACUCUGAUCAACAGUAUGAACGGAAAGCCUAACCUAUCCCUUGGGGGCAUCGAUGGCGGUACCGGUGGAUGCAGGUGCAAAUGGAUCAACUUUAAGAGUUUGACUAAGGUCUCGACCUAGUUACCUACUUUUAUUAUUAUGAACAUAUAUAGGGGUUGCAUGGAAGGCGUUUUGCAUUAGUGGAUUUUGCGGGAAGCAAAGGAAAAGUUUUGAUCAUUGAACAAUAGCCUUUGACUUUCAGGGCCGGAUUACUAUCGCAUAGGUAUGCGAGUCAAUUGCCCACCUACGAGCUGGGGUUUCUUUGUUACUUAUUUUAUUGCAUUGGAACGGAAGGAUGGACCAGGACACUACGAAUCGUAUUUAGAUGAGGGCUAAUUGAGCCUUAAUGAGUUAUUCUAAGUAGCUGUACCAUAAUUUUACGAGAAU